UCCACAGGCUGGACGUCUUUGAUCCAUUAGCAAAAACAAACGCGCUUCCUGAAACACAGCGAUCACACCAAUGCCCUUCUUAUUCUAAAACUUGUGCAGAAAUGAGACCUUAACGCGGGUUAAAUGGAAGAUGUCCCGCGUGGUCGUGUUUUCUGUGAUGGUGGGUGGACUGACCUCCGCUGACCUCAGUCUGCUGACCUGUGAACUUGCGCGUUAAAGACCACCAGUCAGAAACAUGGACCACCCGAAUGACAGCAAGAAGACGGAGCCCAGAAUCAUCGAGAAGAAAUGUUCAUGGGCGUCGUACAUGACCAACUCCCCCACGGUGAUCGUGUUGAUUGGACUCCCCGCGAGAGGAAAGACGUAUAUAUCAAAGAAACUGACACGCUACCUCAACUGGAUCGGGGUUCCAACAAAAGUCUUCAAUCUGGGCGUUUAUAGACGCGAGGCCGUGCAGUCGUACAAGUCCUACGAUUUCUUCCGUCAUGACAACGAAGAGGCCAUGAAAAUCAGGAAGCAGUGUGCGAUUGUGGCUCUACAGGAUGUGAAGUUUUAUUUCAGUGAGGAGGGGGGGCAGAUCGCGGUUUUCGAUGCCACAAACACGACCAGAGACCGAAGGAACCUCAUUCUGAGUUUUGCGCAGGAGAACUCGUAUAAGGUGUUUUUUGUCGAAUCACUUUGUGAUGAUCCUGAAGUCAUAGCUGCCAACAUCCUGGAUGUAAAGGUGUCCAGCCCAGAUUAUCCCGAGCGACACCGAGAGAGCGUUAUGGAGGAUUUUCUCAAGAGAAUCGAGUGCUACAAAGUGACAUAUCAACCGUUAGAUCCUGAUCGACAUGACAAAGAUCUGUCGUUCAUCCAGGUGAUAAACGUGGGUCAGCGUUUCCUGGUGAACCGUGUUCAGGACUACAUCCAGAGUAAGAUCGUGUACUACCUCAUGAACAUUCACGUACAGAAACACUCCAUAUACCUCUGCCGGCACGGAGAGAGCCAACACAACCUGCAGGGCUGCAUCGGGGGGGAUUCCGAGCUCUCCGGCAGAGGAAAAGAGUUUGCUAAAGCCCUGCGUGGGUUCCUGGAAACCCAGAAGAUCCCAGACCUGAAGGUGUGGACCAGUCAGCUCAGACGCACCAUCCAGACGGCGGAGGAACUGGGCGUCCCGUACGAGCAGUGGAAAAUACUGAACGAGAUUGAUGCUGGUAUUUGUGAGGAGAUGACGUAUGAAAAGAUACAAGAAACAUGUCCGGAUGAAUAUUCUCUCAGAGACCAGGACAAAUAUCAUUACAGAUACCCAGGUGGAGAGUCGUAUCAGGAUCUGGUUCAGCGUCUGGAGCCUGUCAUCAUGGAGCUGGAGAGACAAGGAAACGUGUUGGUCAUCUGCCAUCAGGCCGUCAUGCGCUGUCUGCUCGCUUACUUUCUGGACAAGAGCGCUGAUGAUUUGCCCUAUCUGAAGUGUCCCCUCCAUGUGGUUCUGAAACUCACUCCAGUGGCUUACGGCUGUAAAGUCGAAAUGUUUGACCUGAAAGUGGAAGCCGUGAAUACACACCGGGACAGACCUCUGGGCUGCAGCAGACACCAGGUGCCGCCCACUUUGCUCAGGAGAAACAGCUUCACGCCGCUGUCGAGUCAAGAUCAAGUGAAAAGGCCUCGUCUGUUCAGCGUGGGCAAUCCACCGCGGUUAGCAAGUGUUCCCGCUUUAUCCUCCACACGAUUUCCAGGGGCACAGGAGAGCGAGGAGCUGAACGAGAGCCAGGAAAUCCUGAACUGCUUCGGCCCGGGAGACUCAACAGACGCCGUCCAGCAGUGAAAGCACAAACCAGCAAUUGUGUGGCUCCGGUCAACUUAACUUUUCAUUUUUCCGCACGUUAACAAACUCAAGAUCUCAGUGUCAAAGGCAGUUGUGUAGCUUGGAGAAUUGGUACAUGUGUCGACUGCUUUGUGUAGCACAGGCAAUAAAACCCCAUGAUGCCCAGCGACCCCCUUAAAAAUAUUUGGUCGUCCUACAAAAUCAAAGUCAGGUGAAGGUUGUUAAGGUUCAGUAUGACUGGUAUUGAUUUAAAGACCCAAUAAUCCAGUGGUACUUUUGAACUGAUUGACAGCGCGUUGGACGAAUGGCAGCAUCGUUUAAAGUCCCUGUGAACCGGGAGUUGCGAUCGGUUUUACUUCCGUAUUUUGACGCAUUUCCGAGUGAAAUUGAAUUUUGAAUGAGAGAAAUAGUGGGCGUGGCUUUCGUCUUUCUCUGCGAUUUGAUUGGAUGUAUAAAAGCAACCGUUGCACUUUGAAAUGGAACUGGCAGCAGAAUGACAGUUGAAGGGGAGGAGUUAACGGAUGCUCCGCCCAAGCCGUCUAACAUACGUCAUCUAAGAUGGAUAGUCAUUACAGGAUGAGAUUAAUAAGGAUUAUGCGGGCACACGAAUUUUAAAAAGAGAAUGACCCACAUCGAUAAACUAUUUACAAUAAACGCUGCAAAUAUUUUUAAUUGUAAUCUUUAAUUUCACUGGGACUUUAAAGCCGAGUGGGUGUGGCUUGUGUCGGUUAAGCUGAUUGGUUGAUUAUUUGCAUUAUAUUUCUAAUUCUUGCGUCCUUUAGUUAUGCGACUGCCACAAAUGUAACUCAGGCUGAAAUUUAAUUUGUGUUUUAGAUGUUAUGUGGUGUUAUUGUUUGCGUGUCUAUCACGGCGUUCUUGUUUUGAUGUUUAUUAUUGUAUUGCAUUUAAUGAAUGUCUGAUGAUGUGAUGUCAUACGACAGUGAAAGGCCUAUAUAUGUUCCGCUGGAUUUUCCCAUCUUUUAUUAUUGAGAAAACGGGACAUCAGGGUAGUUGUUUUAACAGAUGUGAUUGUUUUUAACGGUGAUGAAUGUGUCCUUGCAUUGUUUUUUAAACAAAAACAUACGCACAGUAUCGCCAGUUAUAGGGUUAUGUAACAGUUCUUAAUCUCCAGCCUCCUUUGAAACUACUGAGAAUAUUGCUAUAAUAUUUAAUAAUCUUAAAAUGUGAAAAGCUUUAAGCUAAUUUUACAUUGAAUGCUUUGUUUUGUCUUAGAUUCGGAGAGAUAUUCCGUAGCGAUCUGUUUUGUGAAUUUUGCAUGUCUUAUUUUAAGUAAGUGACUCGCAAAGUAAGCGUAAUGUACAUUUUAUGUAUAACAGUUAUGAAAGUAUACUGUAUUCUUUCAGUCAAACGAUGCACAACGUUUCUGCAUUGCAGUUGCUUGCAGUUUACACCGUGUCUACACCGGACGCGACAGGCGCGGCGCGGCGCGACAUGACAACCUGCUUGAUCUUAAUGGGUUUAUCGUGUCGCGUCCAGUGUGGCCAAAAUGUAAAAUUAUAAUGGGUUCUAAUGCGUUUCUAAUGUCUUUUGUCAUGUCACGUCGCGUCCGGUGAAAACACGGUGUAAAUAGACGUCAAUACAAGUAUAAAUACGAUGACAUCAUCGGGAUUGUAGUAGAUACAGUAAGUGCCUUUGCAUUGCAACCGAAGUGUAACCAAUGAAAGCCUUUGAUGCCAUUAAUUAGCCCAAUCCUCUGUGGAGCAAAAGACACUUUUUGUUUUAUCGCAAUGUAGUUCAGAAAAAGAAUUGUGUUCUGGUUUCAUUUAGAAAUAUUUACUAUCGCAAUAGCAAUGUUAAUACUGUAUGUAAAACCGCAUGAUGAGGCCUCUGUGAUCCAAUAAACCUCUGAUGA